AUGGCUUUCCUUACACGAGCUUUACUUCUGGCCAGCGCCCUUCACCAAACUGGUCUGGUCAGCGCCCAAACAAUUUAUCAGAAUGGCGAGCUGUUAGUUGCCGACGAGACAAACGUGGCUCCAGCUGCCGCACCCGUGGUAGAUACGGCCUCGGUUUCAUCCGAUGCUGAAGCCUUCCAGCUCACUGAUGCCGUCCUGGCGAACUUAACGGCGUUGGAUCUGAGCAACAUCUCACUCUUCCAGUUUCCCGAGGAAGGUUCUGAGAAGCGGUCCCUCGGCUUGGGCUGCAAGACCGCCCCUGGUAGCCUUCUCUGGCCUAGCAAGCUGGUCUGGAAGGUUUUCAACCUCUUGGCUGGAGGCGCGCUGAUCGAGACCGUCCCCAUCGGAGCUGUCUGCUACCAGAACAGCGGUCACUAUAACGCGGCCAAAUGCGCGGAUAUUAUCCAGCACUGGACGGAGUCGGAGACCCACGCCCGGGACCCUACAUCGGUCAUGUCUCCUCUCUACCAGGGAGAGACCUGCAUGCCACAAAAUGGAAACACGAGCACCUGCGAGCUGGGCGGUUUCCCUUCCUACUCUGUUAAGGCAACAAAUGUCGCUCAGAUCCAGCUCGCUGUAAACUUGGCCCGCAACCUCAACCUCCGCCUCGUCGUUCACAAUACUGGCCAUGACUUCCUUGGGAAAUCGACCGGUGCCGGCGCGCUCUCAAUUUGGACACACAAUCUCAAGAGUGUCAACUUCAUCAAGAGCUAUAGCUCCCCCUCGUACAAAGGGCCGGCGCUCAAGCUCGGCGCUGGUAUCCAGGUCGGUGAUCUCUAUGCAGCAGCUAGCAAAUACGGCGUGACUGCUGUUGGCGGCGAAUGUAAGGGUGUUGGUGUCACCGGCGGCUACAUUGCUGGUGGUGGUCACUCUCCUGUAUCGUCUAAAUACGGUAUGGGUGCCGACCAAGUCCUCAGCAUUGAUGUUGUAACUCCUAAUGGACGCUUCGUCACUGCUGAUGAAACGAAAAACAAGGACCUGUUCUGGGCAAUUCGCGGCGGAGGCGGUGCCACCUUUGGUGUUGUCACUGGCAUGACAGUAAAGGUGCUCCCCAAGAUGACCUUUUCCGGCGUAACCUUCACCAUCUUGAGCGGCAGCGACACCGAUGUUACUGACGACGUCUUCUGGUCCGUCAUGAGCGCAUACUGGCGCAAGUUCCCCUCCUACGCCGCCCAGGGCUCCUACGGCUAUUCCACUCUUUUCCCGCGCGGCCCUGAUGCUGGCUACAUGUGGAGUAUGCUGCCAUGGCUUGUCCCCGGGAUGAAGCUCGCCGACUUCAAGGUUAUGGUGGCUCCGCUAUUCGAGGAGUGGGCCGCGUUGGGCCUCGUCUUUGAGCCAAAGUACUUCGAGCACGACAACUUCUAUGACGCAUGGUCUACUCACUUCCCCACCGAGGCGGUCGCCAAUUCCAACUUGCGCACCGCAUCGCGUCUCUUCCCUUCAAAGAACUGGGACAGCGAGGCUACCCUCAAUGAGACUAUCGCUACUAUUCGCGGGAUUAUCGAGGAAGGAUCCGCGUUCAUUGGGUACAAUAUCAACGGAGCCGCACCAGCAGGAACACCUGAGAACGCUGUGAACCCAGCAUGGCGCGAGGCAGUGAUGUAUGGCAUUAUUGGUAGUGGAUGGGCUCCGGAUGCGACGCCGCAAGAGGUGGAAGUAACAAACAAGAAGAUUACGCGCGACUGGAUGGAGCGCUUGCGCAAGAUUACUCCUGGCGGUGGUGGUUAUGGCAACGAGGGCGAUGUCAUGGAGCCAAACUUUGGGCAGGCAUUCUUUGGAUCCAACUAUGACAGGCUGGUGCGUAUCAAGAAGGCGACUGAUCCGUGGGGUGUGUUCUGGGCUCCUACUGCCGUUGGUAGUGAGGACUGGUAUAUCACCGGCCAAGAGGACUGGUUGACUCUGCAAACCGGGCGUCUGUGCCGGAAGUAG